CCUUAUACAAAGAACGAGAAAAGAAGGAAAUUGCGCAAAAGCAACACACACACACACUAAACGGUGAAGUGCCGCGCAGCCAGAAGCAAUGGAUUCCGAUUUCCCCAACAGAGCGUUGACGAACACGCGCUUUUCCGAGCUGAACCCGCCACUCUCCGACGGGGUUCUCCAGGCCCUAUCAAACUCCGGUUUCGACUUCUGCACACCGGUUCAAGCCGCCACAAUCCCUUUACUUUGCAGCUUCAAGGACGUCGCCGUCGACGCCGCCACCGGUUCUGGAAAAACCCUAGCGUUUGUUGUUCCACUUGUUGAGAUUCUUCGACGCUCCUCUUCUCGUCCCAAGCCUCAUCAGGUACUAGGAAUAAUUAUAUCACCUACAAGGGAGUUAUCAUCCCAAAUAUAUCAUGUUGCACAACCUUUCAUCUCGACGUUAGUGAAUAUUAAGUCCAUGCUCCUUGUUGGUGGAGUAGAAGUAAAAGCAGACAUGAAGAAAAUAGAGGAGGAAGGAGCAAACAUAUUGAUUGGCACGCCUGGUCGGCUAUAUGACAUAAUGAAUCGGAUGGAUGUCUUGGAAUUUAAAAGCCUUGAGAUUUUGAUUCUUGAUGAGGCUGAUAGACUCUUAGAUAUGGGAUUCCAGAAGCAAAUAACUGCUAUUAUAUCCCACUUGCCUAAGCUUCGUAGAACUGGUCUAUUUUCUGCUACUCAAACUGAGGCUGUUGAAGAGCUUUCUAAGGCAGGAUUGAGGAACCCUGUAAGGGUUGAGGUUCGAGCAGAAACAAAAUCAGAGAAUGGUCCUGCGGCAUCAAAACAACUAGAAUCUUCUAAGACACCUUCAGGACUUCACAUUGAGUACUUGGAAUGCGACGCAGAUAAGAAGCCAUCACAGCUGGUAGAUAUCCUUAUUAAGAACCGCUCAAGAAAAAUUAUAAUAUAUUUCAUGACUUGUGCUUGCGUUGAUUAUUGGGGAGUUGUCCUUCCUUGCCUUCCUGUUUUGAAAGGUUUCUCCUUGAUCCCCCUACAUGGAAAGAUGAAGCAGUCUGCCAGGGAGAAAGCACUAGCUUCAUUUACAUCCCUUUCAAGUGGCAUUCUUCUAUGUACGGAUGUUGCAGCACGUGGACUCGACAUACCGGGUGUAGAUUGUAUAGUGCAGUAUGAUCCUCCUCAAGAUCCAAAUGUUUUCAUACAUAGAGUAGGUCGAACUGCUCGGCUGGGUAAACAAGGACAUGCUGUUGUCUUCUUAUUACCAAAGGAGGAGGCUUAUGUAGAAUUCCUGCACAUAAGAAGAGUUCCUCUUCAAGAGAGAAGAUGCUCUGAUGAUUCAUCUGAUGUUGUUCCUCAGAUUCGCUCUGCUGCAAAAAAAGAUCGUGAUGUCAUGGAGAAGGGAGUCAAGGCUUUUGUUUCUUACAUCCGUGCUUAUAAAGAGCAUCACUGCUCUUAUAUUUUUAGGUGGAAAGAACUUGAAAUUGGCAAAUUGGCCACGGGAUAUGGCUUAUUGCAACUUCCUUCAAUGCCAGAGGUAAAACAUCACUCACUUUCCACUGAUGGAUUUGAACCAGUUGAAGAUAUCAAUCUGGGGGACAUUAAGUACAGGGAUAAAUCACGAGAGAAACAAAGGAAGAAGAACCUGCAAGCAAAGAAAGAAGCCAAAGAGAAAGAGCCGAAACCUCAAAAACUAAGCAAAACCCAAAAUGCACCUACUGUCAUGCGGAAGAAAACAGCUCGACAGAGACGUGCUCAGCAGACAAUUGAAGAUGAGGAAGAGUUGAUGCAAGAAUACCGCCUGUUGAAGAAAUUGAAAAAAGGAACCAUAGAUGAGAAUGAAUAUGCCAAGUUGACGGGCACUGAGGAAUUACUUUGAAAAUAAAGUUUUCAUGCCUGAUUAUGCUGUUCUGGAUAUCAUGGUUGGUGUUGUAAAAGGGUUCAGUAAUGAAUGACAAUUCCAAAAACCACAAAUUUGGCCAGUAAAUUAUGGCAUCCUUGUGACAUGGUUCAAUUGAAAUUAUUUGAAAGAUCAAAGAUAAAUGCAUCUCUCACUAGUAAUGGAGUUUGAAGAGUCCUGCGGUUCGAUUUCCAUUUGGUUGGUGCUAAAGACCUUAUAGGACUUCGACAAUGAACUGAAUGACAUUUAGAGAUUGCUAUGCAUGGAAAGUGAAGACGGCGCAGAGAUUUGUGGAAAGGUACAAUUUGUUAGAUGAAAGAAAAAGAGCCUUUUAUCUGAAUCAAGUUUUUGCCCCAUUAUUCUUUGUUUAAAGAUACAUUGAUCAUGUGAUCUUGUUUAGUUGUUUGUAACAUCAAUAAAGUCAUAUAUCAAAGAAUUUUGCAGUAUACUCAUCACAUAAUGUUAAUAUAUUAAGAGGGGAAAGCCAUUUUUUUUCGCACCCUUGAAGUUCUGU